AUGUUGGCGGUUGCCUGUUUACCGUUGUGGUGUCCCUUUUGGAGUUGUUUCCGGAUGCUCGCGUGUUUCGGCGCUCGAUUGUCCCUUUGGAUAAGCAAGGACCCUCCAUGGCUCUAUGUGGUGCUGAUGUUCAGUAGUACCCAUGAUCUAUCUCCGUUGGCCACUAUCAAGCAGCCGUCUUGUUGUCCAGCGUUCCGUUCAAUAUUUUUGGGAGAGGCCCGACGAUGGCUUACUUCGACAAAGAUUCCGACCACCACACUCAAGCUUUCAGAUAACACAAAUGUGGCAUCCCUGCGCCAAGUCCACGAGGAUGAUCUACAAUCUUCUUUAGAGAGUCGAGACCAGAGACCGAAACUCGAAAAAUAG